CUGAAACGUAUGCGAUCUAUCUAGCACUCAUAGAGAGGGCUUCUUUGGGCAUUUUCCUUUCCCCUCUUGGUACUCUGGCUGUACGAACGACGAACCCCAAAGCGUUUCUCAGGCGCAGAGUGCGCUGGUGUCAUAUCUCUUCCAGGAAUCGAUGUUGGGGACCCUGCUGGCGAUCGCCUUCAACAAUCGGAUGGCUUUGUGAUUCAGUGUAGCAUCUCUCGCCAAGAGUGGGGGGCCUUCUGCCCUCCUCUUUUCGGUGGGAUUCAUGAUCAAUGAUUCUCUGUAAGAGAAGCUAGAAGCGAAUCGGUGUCUCGGUUGGUCCAUUCUACCUGGAGCUUUGUUCCUUGAGAAGAUGGGAGUUGUGGACUAUGAGGAAAGUACUUCAUCCGACUCGGAUGAUGUAGAAGAGAUUCAAGCACAAGCUUCCUCGUUUUCUUGUGUGAGUUCGGAGUUUCGUCGCCCUGAAGCCCGUGGGGACCCUCGCAAGGGUCCGGUCAGUGAAGAGAAUGUGGGGGAGGAAGUGGUUGCUCCUAGUUCUACGUCGUCGUCAUCGCUGAAACGCCAUUUCCUGGAUAUGGGGUUUCAGGAAAAUAUGGUGGAAAGGGCCAUCAAGCAGAACGGAAACGGGAACGCUGAUGCAGUGCUUGAGACAUUGCUUACGUAUUCCGUUCUUGAUGAUUCUUCUAUUCAUGUUUAUUCACCUCAUGAUCCAUGGAGUUCAGAGAACGAAGAGGACGAGCCCGAAGAUGAACAAAGUGAUGUUGAUGAAAAUGCUCUGGACAAGGAGGAUGAGAUCGCCAAGGAAUAUGUGGGAACUACUAGUGGAAUGUGUUCGGAGGAGCCUGUGGAUAAUAUAUCCGUGACUGACAAUAAAAAAUCGUUAUUGGUGGAUAUGGGCUUCCCCAUAGAUGAAAUUUCCCUUGCAAUUGGAAGAUGUGGUGAAAACGCUUCAAUUUGUGAACUGGCUGAUUCAAUUUAUGCAUCUCAAACACACCAAGAAACACAUGGUUCUCGUUCUGACUGUUCACCACAUUUUGUUCACUAUUCUUCAGAAGAGGAUGAGUGUGACUGGGAGUUACUGGAUAGCAACAUCCCAGGAUAUGAUGGAAGAACAAAAUGGAUUGGUGAGUCCUCUUCUUGUGGCACAAAGAGAAAGAACAGUGCAGAUAAAAGAAACUCCAAAAAUUCACCACAUUGUGCUUACUAUUCUUCAGAGGAGGAUGAGUGUUACCGGGACACAAUGGAAAGUGACAUCCCAGGAUAUGAUGGAAGAAUGAAAAGGAUUGGUGAGUCCUCUUCUUGUGGCAGAAAGAAAAGGUAUAAUGCAGAUGAAAGAAACUCUGUCUUAAAGAGGCAAAGAGGUUAUGACCUAGAUGACAAUGCAGUAAGAUCACAUCUCUGGAAGACUUCUAAUCCUAUGACUGGGUUUGGCCUUCCUAAUGAGCCAAAUGUCAGAAGGUUCAGAAAGCUUCCUGAUACUGUCAUAGGACCUCCAUUUUUUUAUUAUGAAAAUGUCGCUUUGACGCCAAAAGGAGUAUGGGAAACAAUAUCCCGUUUUUUGUAUGACAUAGAACCAGAAUUUGUGGACUCUAAGUAUUUCUCAGCAGCUGCUAGGAAAAGAGGAUAUAUCCAUAAUCUUCCAAUAGAUAACAGGUUUCAACUUCAACCAAUUCCGCCACUCACAAUACAAGAAGCACUACCUUAUACUAGGAAAUGGUGGCCUUCAUGGGACCCCAGAAAGAAGCUAAACUGUAUAAAUACAUGCUGUGCAAGUGCAAGGCUCACUGACAGGCUACGGAAAAUUGUUUCUGACUCGGAGGGGACACCAUCUUAUGCUGACCAGCAAAUUGUACUGGAGCAAUGCAGAAAGUGGAACCUUGUGUGGGUUGGCCUGCACAAAUUAGCUCCUCUUGAGCCUGAUGAAAUCGAGCCACUGUUGGGUUUUCCCAAGCAUCACACUCGAGGUGGUGGUGUUAGCAGGACUGAAAGGUUGAGGGCACUUGGAAACUCAUUUCAAGUGGACACAGUUGCUUACCAUCUUUCUGUGUUGAAGAGGAUGUUUCCAUAUGGACUCAAUGUUCUCUCUCUCUUCUCAGGCAUUGGAGGUGCUGAAGUUGCUCUGCAUAGGCUUGGAAUUCCAUUAAAAAAUGUUGUGUCCAUUGAAAUAUCUGAAGUGAGUAGAAACGUCUUAAAAAAUUGGUGGUGUGAAACUGGUCAGAAAGGUAGGCUGAUUGAAAUUGCAAAUAUAGAGCAGCUAACAAGCGGCAAACUUGAAAGCAUGAUGGGUGCAUUUGGGGGGUUUGAUCUGGUGAUAGGAGGAAGUCCAUGCAACAACCUUACUGGUAGUAACAGGGUCAGUAGGGAUGGACUUGAAGGAAAGCAUUCUUCGCUCUUUUAUGACUACUUUCGUAUUCUGGACUUUGUGCGGUGCACCAUGUCCAAGAACAGAUAACAUUCAGGUGUUUCUAUCAGUCAGAGGCUAAAGGACCAAGUCCUGCAUGGCUGCGUCUAACCUGGAAUUUGAAGAUUGACCUCCCUUCUGUUCAUAAAUCCAUACGUCUGAUUGCAGAUGUUCCUGAUGAAGAACUAAGAGACUCCUCAGUGUAUCUAUAAUUGAUGAUCAGCUUUUUCUGAUGUUACAUAUUCCUUAAACUUUUGACUACUUCCUGGCAAUUCCAGAUCACAGUUUUUUUUUCUUCCUCCUUUUGACAUAUUCUUGGCCUUGUAGUCCUCGAAUACGAUACAGUAAUUUGAUUGGAAUUGCAUCUGUAAUGUUUCAGUGGCAAUGAUCUUCAAUCAGAUACAGAAAUCUCUUUAUUUUA